GGUCGCCCGGUUCGCGCGUCUCCUUGACUACUAGACCAACAAGGAAAGGAGACGAGCUGCUGCCGUGGAUGCGUACUUGAGGACAAAACGGGCGAAGCAGCGGUAGGAAAAGCAGUGUAUUUGUUCAAACAAUUUGAGUUAUACACAAAAUAAGAAAUAAUAACAGCAGCGAGGAAAACAGGCGAUGAAGAGAAAAAUGGAGUCGGUGUGAGCAGAUCGGUGGUAUCACACUACUGUAAAUCGAAGGGCAAAGACCACAAACCAGGAAAAGGACAGUCACUCUCUGGGCUUUUCUUCUUAGGUUUGCAACUGAACAUAAGUACAGCGCAGCCCGCGUGGAUAUUCCUAGCCUACUUUUAACUCCUUAAUAUACAAAAAAAGUCGUUUGGUGCUUAUCCAUGCAAACGACGGAACACCGACUGCUGAUCAUUACUCCAUCGUGCAAUUGAAUUCUCACUUUUCAAACUUUUACAGUGGUUGCUACCUACUUUUUUGUGGGAGGAGAUAUGCUGUUCAUUUUAGACGGUCUAACGGAUUGACAAUGACGCGGAAGAUCAUUUGUGGCUAAGAAGCUGGUCAGCACACCUGCGAGUACUUCGUUUAAAAAGCUUUUCAGGAAAACAAAGCACCUCGAAUUGUGACAACAAGAUGAGCGUAUCUGAGGUAGAAGAUCACAUAUCUCAAAAAUACGAGAUUAAAAAGAGACUGGGAAAAGGGGCCUAUGGAAUUGUCUGGAAAGGGAUUGACCGCAAAACAGGAGAGAUUGUCGCACUUAAGAAAAUAUUUGAUGCCUUCAGGAACAGAACAGAUGCUCAGAGAACAUUCCGAGAGAUUAUGUUCCUCCAGGAAUUUGGAGAACACCCAAAUAUUAUCAAGCUGCAGAAUGUAAUCAGAGCUCAAAAUGAUAAGGAUAUCUAUCUGGUCUUUGAGUACAUGGAAACUGAUUUACAUGCAGUGAUAAAGAAGGGGAAUUUGCUGAAAGAUAUUCAUAAACGCUAUAUCAUGUAUCAGCUGCUGAAGGCCACAAAAUAUCUACACUCAGGAAAUGUCAUUCACAGAGAUCAAAAGCCUUCGAAUAUCUUGCUUGACACAGACUGUUUUGUGAAACUGUGUGACUUUGGUUUGGCUCGCUCACUCUGCCAAAUCCAAGAGGAUGCAGGAAACCCUGAGCUAACAGAAUAUGUAGCCACCCGAUGGUACCGUGCUCCUGAAAUUCUCCUCGCUUCCACAAGGUAUACCAAGGGGGUAGAUAUGUGGAGCAUUGGAUGCAUCCUAGGAGAAAUGUUGCUGGGAAAACCACUGUUUCCUGGCACAUCCACAAUUAACCAGAUUGAAAAAAUCAUGAGUGUUAUUCCUCCUCCAUCACAUGAAGAUAUUGCCUCAAUUAAAUCAGAGUAUGGAGCUUCAGUUAUUCAGAGAAUGAUGGCACGUCCAAGAGUUUUACUAGAAGAGAUGCUGCCACCUUCUAAUCCUUCAGAUGCCUUGGACCUGCUUAAUAAGCUGUUGGUGUUUAACCCAGACAAGCGUUUAACAGCCGAGGAAGCCCUUGGGCACCCCUAUGUCCGAAGGUUUCGUAAUAUCACAAAGGAGCCCAGUCUGGAUUAUGAUGUUGUUCUUCCUGUAGACGAUGAUACCCAGCUCUCUGUGGCUGAAUAUCGCAAUAAGUUAUAUGAGAUGAUCUUGGAAAGGAAGUCAGCAGUCCGCCUCCAGCGAAGAGUACAGGUGAAAGAGACAAAUGGGGAGGUGAAGCAAGAGGGAACUACAGCAGAACAGAAGGAUUCAAGGCCCCCAAUCUCUAAACCUACACCAGUACCACCUGCAGCUCCUCAACCAUCAGAGAAAACAGCAGUCAGCCCAGCAUCCAGCCCGAAUAUUAGCAAAACAUCUAAUCCAAUCACACAUAGUCCAGUUUAUUAUGGAAGUCCACAGAUAGAUGACCACGUUGGCAACAGAUCCAACAGCAGUUCUGUGCCUCAAGCUCAGCGUAAUGUUUCUGCAAACAGGAAACUGUUUCGUCAAGCAAGUCAAGAAAAUAGUAAUCAAUUGGUGCCUGAUGGCUCAAAUGCUUCUGUUGGUAACCCAGCAAACAAAAGCACAGACCAGCAGCGUGGACGUUCUGCACCUAUUGCUCGAACUCGCUCCUUCUCACUUGCUCAGAAUCGAUUUAACAAUCCACUGGUCAGGAAGGAUGAGCCGGAUGUUGCUGCUGGCAUAACUGUAGCUACAGCUCGCCUGAAUCAGAGGUCCCACUCACAAACCAGAGAGGCUCGCCCUGUCUCAAAGUUCAGCAAGAAGAUGUUUCAGUCCUUAUCAAAUGUUGGUGCUGCAGGAGACCCCAGAGCCAAGCUGGGCAGCUAUUCACAAGCUUAUGGAACAAUUAGCAAAACAGGACUCGAAAAUCUGCUGCGUGCAAGGAGCAAUCAGUAAUGUAAUCUGCCAAAUGGCAAUGAUAAAAAUGGCUGACAAACCACAAAGGUUACUGAUGUCUCAUUGGGCCACUGGAGUAAUGACUGGAAGCACAGAGUUCAUCGGCUUUAUGAUUGUUGUCUACCGUGUCUUGGAGGAGUACAGUAAUCAUACCUCAGAAUUAUCUCCAAAAAUAUCUACAGACAGUAAGGGUGAUGUGAACACAAUAAGGUCUGUUGACACAGAAUUGCUAGUUUAAUUUAUGCAACUCUAUUUUUUAUCCUUAACUGGAUGACUUAUCAAAUAUCUGAAUUUACUUAUGCUGCAAGAA